UAUAGAUAUAGCCCUCCAUCUUCUCUCAUUCUUGUCACUCUCAUAGUUGACGCCUCAGCUUAUUUGCUAGAAAACCAUCAACAACUCAAACAACAAGAUAUACCACAGAGAUAAGCAAGUAUGGUUCAAUGCUGGUCCAGGCUUCCCGAAGAACUCAUUGGGUACAUCACGAAGCGGCUUCAUUCAGUCGAGGACAUUGUUAGGUUUGGUGUAGUCUGCCGAUCAUGGAGAGCUGUUACAAUUCAGAAACGUUACUACUCUUCAAAACUUUCUCCUCCAUGGCUCAUGCUGGUGGAGAAUGAAAGCAAUGAAAACCGUGGCUUUUACAACAUCUCAAGCAAUAGGGUUCACCAUCUUCAUUUGCCAGAGGCUCAAGGAAGGCGAUGUUGGGGUUCUCCCCAUGGCUGGCUGGUCACUAUAGGCAUUGAUCUUGAGAUCCAUCUAUUGAAUCCAUUAACAAGAACCCGAAUAAGGGUACCACCUCAAACGACCUUCCCAGAUCUGUAUGAUACUGGUCGGACCCCAAAAGAGAUAUGUGAUUCAUUUAUAGAGAAAGCAGUGAUAUGUUCAAGUCCAUCAUCAUCAUCUUCAGCUGAUAACUGCAUAGUUAUGGCAAUAUAUGGUGAGCUUUCUCUAUUGGCCUUUGCAAAAAUUGGAGACACAAAAUGGACUAGUUUAGAGAAUUGUCCUCGUGGAUUUAUCGAUCUCAUAUAUUCAAAUGGUUAUUUCUUUGCUCUUCAGUCUCUUGGGAAUGUAGUGAAAUGUGAGAUAAAUGGUCCUCAUCCGAAGGCAAUAGAGUUUGCAUCACCACCGAAGGUAAAUUUUGUGGAGAGAAAAUAUCUUGUAGAAUUGUCAGGAGAACUGCAUAUGGUAAUGCGAAACUUCAAGAAUAUUGGACCAUACAGUUCCCCACAAUCUAGAACAACUGAUUUUAAAAUCUACAAGUUGGAUUCAAGAAAUAAGCAGUGGGUGGAAGUGGAAAGUUUAGGAGAUCGAGCAUUAUUUGUUGGUAAUAAUUCUACAUUUGCUAUCUCAGUUUCCGAUCACCCUGAGUUUCAAAGCAAUUGCAUCUACUUCACAGAUGACUAUUCUCUCUUUUAUAAGUUUGGAGGAGGAGGUGAUAUAGGAAUAUUUAAUUACACCGAUCAUACAAUUCAACCAUGUUACCCAGGUCAUCAUCAUCAUCAUGACAUUAUUUCUGAUUUUUCUCCACCUCUUUGGAUCUCCCCAAGUCUAUGGUAAACAAAAACCCUUAGGAGAUCAGCUACGAUCAAGAAGAACCGAGCUAACAAAUAGCCCAGCUUGCAUGCCACAUCAGCAAGGUCUCUUUCCCCUUCUCCACGCCUCUAGUAGAAGGCUGGAAAACGUGAAUAAAAUAAAGUCCCCUCCAAUCCUUCUUAUUUUUGAAGAUCUCAAGUGAUUGCAUUGGGAAUUAGUUCUUUCCUAUUUAAAGCAAGGAUUUGAUACUUUUG